AUGUGGUUUAUCUUUUUUGUUCUUGAGAGGUCUGUGGUUUUUUCAAGUUGUUGUGAUGGAUUUGGAUUCAAGAGACGAAGGCUACACAUACCCAUUUGUUGGUUUACAGAGCCUUUCUCUGGUCUUAAUGAGAUGAAUUUUAAGUUUCAUGGAAUCUACACGGACCAUGAACUAGAGCAAGAGUUCGUUACUUCAAAGGAGAAAUGUAAGGACGUAUUUCUUAUUCUUAAUGUGCUAAUUGAUGAAAAUCUUAGAAACUUUAGUAUGGCUGAUGAAGUAAGAGCACAAGUGUAUCAUGUGAAUGAUUGGCAAAGUGAUGAAGAAGAGCAAGAGCAGGUGAAAAACAAGUACAUAAUAUAUGAUCCAAACACAAGAUGGGAUAACAUGGAACUAAAGCUUGGUGACAUUUUUGAGCCUGUUACACAACUAAAGUUUUUUUUAUCCAAAACUAUGUAG